AUGGCUGAUGUUGAGCCCAUCGGCGAAGAUGAAUGGACGCCGCCGGCAUCCAAGAAGAAGAAGGGAAAGAAGGGAAAGGCUGCGGCAGUUUUCGACGUAUCGGAGCCUGUGUCUCGCGCCGUGUCCCCCACGCAUGCUGCGAGCUCCGACACUUUCGAGAACGCCGAGGCUCGGAACGUGGAAACGAUCGCUUCGUCCGAGGCUCCUGCACCCAUCGACGAGACUCUCGCACACGCCGAAUCAGCUCCCACGGAGGACGAAUGGGCGCUUCCCGCAACGACCAAGAAGGGCAAGAAGGGCAAGAAGAACAAGGCUGCUGCAAUUCUUGCUGAGGCUGAAGCUCAACUAGAGCCCAUGUCGGCUGCCCCUGCAGAUGACGUCCAAGUCGACGAUGUCAUGGCCGAGCCCACACCCUUUGACUCGGCUCCUGGUCAGCCCGAGCCCGCUGACGACACUUGGGACGCAACGCCCUCCAAGAAGUCGAAGAAGGACAAGAAGCGCGGCAAGGGCUUGUCAGCGUCCCGUGAGCUGUCGCCUGCCCGCGAGGAGCCCGUUCUCGAACGUACCGAAGAGCCUAUUUCUUCACCGCCAGCCACACCCAAGGCAGAAGACACAUGGGAUGCUCCCACUUCUUCGAAGAAGAGCAAGAAGGGCAAGAAGGCUAACAAGCGCAUGCCGGUUGGCUUCGAGGAGUCGUCCCCCAGUGACAGCCAAACACCCACUGAAGCGCCUCGACAGAGUCCCUCGUCGUCGUCCUACUGGGGCGAGCUUGGUGCGGCUGCGAUUGUUGGCGCCACUGCCACUGCCGCUGUGGCCGCCCUCACUGGCAAAGAAGAAGGCGACCCACGCGACAUCGAGCCGGUCAAGAGCUCUCGCGAUGUCGGCGAUACGUAUCUUGAGGGCGGUCUGGAUGCAGGCCCGGGACCGGUCGAAGCGGCAGCCCUCGCCGACGACGACGAUGGCUUUGGUUUCACUUCAGGAAUCACUGGCGAAGAGCAGUCGGGCUACUGGAACAACCAGGCAGCAGAAGAGAUGUUCGAUGUCUGGGAGGAGGCCCAGCCGGAGGCCACUCCUACCAAGAGCCAAGUGACAUCGUCUCCGGAUGCUGCCAAGGAGGAGACUUCGGGACCACCAUAA